AUGAGUUAUGUGGCAGUGCACAUCAAAGAUAAAAUUGACAUAUGGUUUGAUGUUUAUAUGAUAGACAAAGGUAGAAAUGUCUCCUGGGAAAUAUUUUGUUUGGAUGUUUGUCGUCGUUAUGGGAACAUUCGACCAUUAGACGUCGUUAACGAGUUUAAUCGAUUGGAACAAAAAGGAGAUGUUGAUAGUUAUCAGGUAAGUUUUGAUGAGUUGCGUUUCUACGUGUUGCUCAUUAAUUCAUCUUUGAACGAAGCAUACUUUGUUACUUGUUUUAUUGGUGGCCUUAGAUCUGAUUUACAAUCGAUGGUCAGGGCUUUUAAUCCUCAAACACUGCUUGAUGCCUUGGAAGUGGCUAAGUUGCAUGAAAAGACCCUUGCGACCAUCUACAAAAAUAUCCAGCCCAAGUACUAUGUUACCUACCCCAAAAAUGAUAGUCCAAUAGCCAAAAGUGAUAGCUCAAUACCCAAGACCCUUACUUCCCCAGCUUCGGCACCAAGGGCACUCCCUGGUGUUACCAUUAAAAAUCCUUUAUCUAAAAAUGUCUCUUUGGAUACACUGCAUGACCUUAAUUUGUGUUUCAAGUAUCACAACAAAUAUUUUUCGGGCCAUCAAUGUAAAACCAAGUUGCAGUUGAUGACUGGUGAAAUGGAGGUGGGAAAAUGCUCAGGGGUAGCAAAGGAGGCCCAAGAAGAAGAAACUGUGGUUGAAGGGGAGUUACAGGCCCAUGAGCAAGGUGAACAAGCAGAAAUUUCAUUAAACGUGUUGCUGGGCCUGGAUUACACACCGAAUACUAUUAAAAUUGUGGGUAACAUCAAACAAAUCCCAUUGGUUAUUUUAAUCGAUAGUGGUUCUACCCAUAGUUUUAUUGAUCCUCAAGUGGCUAAAAAUUUGGGCCAAAUAGGUGUGCCCAUUAAGGGUCUCUUGAGAGUGAGAGUUGCUAAUGGGCACGAGCUAUUUUGCAGUCAUUUUAGCCCAUCAUUCAUGUGGGAAAUGGGGAAUAAUCAAUUUCAUUUUGAUUUAAGGUGGCUGCAAGUGAAGGGUUGUGAUAUUGUGUUGGGAAUGGAUUGGAUCAAUUCAGUUGCACCUUUGAUUUUGCAUACUAAACCACAUAGUAUCUCUUUUAUGAAGGAUGGUCACUUUUUAACAUUGAUUGCCAGCAGAGACGCUAUAAAAAUAGCUCCUGCCAAGGCCAAAUCCAUUCAGAAAUUGCUUAAGAGCAGUUACUGUAGCUUUUUAGCUCAAGCCCAAUUCAAUGACUUGGAAGAAGUAGCUGAGACCUUUCCUAAUCAAACCCAAAUGGAACAACUACUGUCCAAAUUCGAGGACUUAUUCAAAGAACCAAGUGGUCUUCCUCCUAAGCGUGGAUGUGAUCAUGCAAUUGAUUUGGUUCCUGGUGCUAUUACAGUUAACCAAAGGCCAUAUCGAUACUCGUUUGAACAAAAGAACGUUAUCAACAAAAUAGUCCAAGACAUGCUACAACAGAAUACUCUGUUAUCAUCAAAGCGCAUGAAGGAGGGGGACGAGUUCAAAAUAACAUUUCGAACUCACCAUGGGCUAUGGCAAUUCAAAGUAAUGCCUUUUAGGCUUACAAAUGCUCCAGCCACGUUUCAGGCCUUAAUGCACAAGAUUUUUGGGCCUUAUCUUCGCAAUUUCGUGUUAGUGUUCCUCAACGACAUUCUUGUCUAUAGUGCUUCUGCCUCAGAACAUUUGAUUCAUCUUGAGAAGGUUUUUGAAGUAUUACAAGCUAAUCAGCUCUUUGCUAAGCACUCUAAAUGUAGUUUUGGGCGUGAUAGGAUUGAGUAUCUCGGCCAUAUAAUUUCUAGUGGAGGGGUUAGUAUAGAUGAGUCUAAAGUCGAAGCAAUGCUCAAUUGGGACAAGCCUAGUAAUAUUAAAGGGCUUAGAGGAUUUUUGGGUCUAACAGGUUACUAUAGGAGGUUCAUAAAAUAUUGUGCAAUCAUCAACAGACCUCUUACUAAUUUACUAAAGAAAGGGACUUUUGUUUGGAGUGAGGAGGCUAUGCAAGCAUUUGAGGCCCUAAAACAAGCAAUGGUCCAAGCACUUGUACUGGCCCUACCUAAUUUCUCUCAGCAUUUUGUCGUAGAAGUGGAUGCUUGUGGAAUAGGAGUGGGGGCUGUUCUGAUGCAGCAAGCUAGACCUUUGGCUUUCCUUAGCCAAGCUUUAAGCUCAAAGCAUCUGGGCUUAUCUACCUAUGAAAAAGAACUGGUGGCACUACUGUUAGCCAUUGAAAAGUGGCGACACUAUCUACAACCAUCUCAUUUUAUCAUUAAAAUAGACCACUUCAGCUUGAUGUUUUUGAAAGAUCAAAGGGUGACAACCUCUCUUCAACAUAAAGGUAUAACUAAGCUUUUGGGGCUUAGUUACAAAAUUCAAUUCAGAAAAGGAGUAGAAAAUGUUGCUACUGAUGCAUUGUCACGUAGAUUUGAAGAAGAGGCAGAAUGCAAAAGUAUUUCAGUAGUGCAACCUUUAUGGGUUCAGGAAGUCUUUGCUAGCUAUGAAGGGGACUCCGUAAUCAUGGCAGCUAUGGCUAAACUUGUACUAGAUCCUAAUGUUAUUCCUAAUGUAUCCUUGCAGCAGGGCUUAUUGAGGCAUAAGGGUCAAAUUUGGGCAGAAAGUACUGGGCAGAAGAGACAACAAUUAAUUGAAGCUAUGCACAUCACAACUUGGGGCAAACAUUCAGGGGUUCAUGCCACCUUGCAAAGAUUGAAAUCUCUUUUUUACUGGCCCAAUCUCUCAGAGGAUGUGAACCAGAUGGUAUCAGAAUGUGACACUUGCCAAAGGAACAAGGGAGAAAAUGUGGCUUAUCCAGGAUUACUUCAGCCUCUUCCUGUCCCCUCAAGGGCAUGGGAACACAUUACAAUGGAUUUCAUUGAAGGAUUACCAAAAUCCGGGGGAAAAAAGUAA